UGAAAAGUUUCAGCAAUGGAGAAGUGGGACAGCAGUGCAGGCACCUCUGCUUUCCACAUGCCAGACUGGAUGAUCCAGUUUGCUGACCAAAAGCAAGAAUUUAACAAGCGACCAACGAAGAUUGGUCGCCGUUCUCUGUCCCGGUCCAUCUCUCAGUCAUCUACAGAUAGCUACAGCUCAGAGGAGAGGCCCCAGCAGCUCAGUGUGGGCUCUUCCCUGCCACGCUCAGCACAGGCAAAGGCCAAGGAAACUCUCUCUGCCCCCAAGGAAGCAAUGAAGAUAUGGCUAGCUCCUCCAGCUGCCUCAUACACCGACAGCUCUGAUGAUGAGACUUCCCCCCGAGACAAGCAGCAGAAGAACUCCAAAGGCAGCAGCGAUUUCUGUGUGAAAAACAUAAAGCAGGCGGAGUUUGGGCGCCGAGAGAUUGAAAUUGCUGAACAAGAAAUGCCUGCACUAAUGGCUUUAAGGAAGCGAGCUCAGGGAGAGAAGCCAUUGGCUGGGGCCAAGAUUGUGGGCUGCACACACAUUACUGCACAGACUGCUGUACUAAUGGAGACUCUUGGUGCCUUGGGUGCUCAAUGCCGAUGGGCUGCAUGCAACAUCUACUCUACUCUCAAUGAAGUGGCUGCCGCCCUGGCGGAGAGUGGUUUUCCUGUCUUUGCCUGGAAGGGGGAAUCUGAAGAUGACUUCUGGUGGUGUAUCGAUCGCUGUGUCAACGUCGAGGGAUGGCAACCUAACAUGAUCUUGGAUGAUGGAGGGGACCUGACCCACUGGAUUUAUAAGAAAUAUCCCAACAUGUUUAAGAAGAUCAAGGGGAUAGUAGAAGAGAGUGUGACCGGUGUGCACAGGUUGUACCAGUUAUCUAAAGCUGGGAAACUCUGUGUCCCAGCUAUGAACGUCAAUGACUCUGUCACCAAACAGAAGUUUGAUAACCUCUACUGCUGCAGAGAAUCCAUUCUUGAUGGCCUUAAAAGGACGACAGACAUGAUGUUUGGAGGAAAGCAAGUGGUGGUCUGUGGCUAUGGAGAGGUUGGAAAAGGCUGCUGCGCUGCUUUGAAGGCCAUGGGCUCCAUAGUGUAUGUGACCGAGAUCGAUCCCAUCUGUGCUCUGCAAGCCUGCAUGGACGGAUUCCGCCUUGUGAAACUCAACGAGGUGAUCAGACAGGUCGACAUUGUCAUCACCUGUACAGGUAACAAGAACGUAGUGACGAGAGAGCAUCUGGACAGAAUGAAGAACAGUUGUAUUGUGUGCAACAUGGGCCAUUCUAACACUGAAAUUGACGUGGCCAGCUUACGUACACCUGAGCUGACCUGGGAGAGGGUGAGGUCUCAGGUUGACCAUGUCAUCUGGCCAGAUGGGAAGAGGAUAGUGCUGCUGGCAGAGGGCCGUCUGUUGAACCUGAGCUGUUCCACUGUGCCCACCUUUGUAUUGUCCAUCACCGCAACCACUCAGGCUCUGGCUUUGAUAGAGCUCUACAAUGCCCCAGAAGGGCGCUACAAACAGGAUGUCUACCUGCUGCCUAAGAAAAUGGAUGAGUAUGUGGCAAGUCUUCAUCUUCCAACGUUCGAUGCCCAUCUGACAGAACUAACAGAUGAACAAGCGAAAUACCUGGGACUAAAUAAAAAUGGGCCUUUCAAACCAAACUACUACAGGUAUUAGGUUUCAGCAGCUGUAAUCAGAAGUAAGGAACAAGAAUCCAAGCCUUUUCUCAACUGGAGUACAGGAUGAAACCGUACAAGCUUCUUCAAUCAGAACUGGACUUGCUCCCAUAGUAGACAGUGUGUUAGGUUAUUUAUUUAUUAAACUAGAGUACUGUA